CUCCGACGACGAGAUGGGCUCGAUGGAGUUGUGCACCGCGCCGGAGAACGGCACCGCCGCGGCCGCCACGGCGUGCAACGGCGGGGCCGCCCCGCCCAACGGAGGGGUCGAGAGGAGGCUGAGAUCCAUGGCGGCGUCCGCGUCGUGGGCGGCGCAUCUGCCGCUGGAGGUCGGGACGCGCGUGAUGUGCCGGUGGCGCGACCAGAAGCCCCACCCCGUCAAGGUCAUCGAGCGCCGGAAGUCCUCCUCCUACUCCUCCCCUGCCGACUACGAGUACUACGUCCACUACACCGAGUUCAAUAGGAGGCUGGAUGAGUGGGUUAAACUUGAACAACUUGACCUUGAUACUGUCGAGGCUGAUGUUGAUGAGAAGAUCGAUGAUAAGGCAACAAGUUUGAAGAUGACACGGCACCAGAAACGUAAAAUUGAUGAAACCCAUGUGGAGCAAGGUCACGAGGAGCUUGAUGCUGCUAGCUUACGGGAGCAUGAAGAGUUCACAAAGGUGAAAAAUAUAGCGAAGAUAGAACUUGGGAAAUAUGAGAUAGAUACCUGGUAUUUCUCUCCUUUCCCACCAGAGUACAAUGACUCCGCGAAGCUGUUUUUCUGUGAAUUUUGCCUCAACUUCAUGAAGCGCAAAGAACAGCUUCAGAGGCACAUGAAGAAGUGUGACCUUAAGCACCCCCCAGGUGAUGAAAUCUACAGAUGUGGAACUCUAUCGAUGUUUGAGGUUGAUGGCAAGAAGAAUAAGAUUUAUGGACAGAACCUUUGCUAUCUGGCCAAGCUAUUCCUUGAUCACAAAACACUUUACUACGAUGUGGAUUUAUUCUUGUUUUAUAUCCUUUGUGAAUGUGAUGACCGGGGAUGCCAUAUGGUGGGAUAUUUCUCCAAGGAAAAGCACUCUGAGGAAUCUUAUAAUUUGGCUUGCAUUCUCACUCUCCCUCCGUACCAGAGAAAGGGAUAUGGAAAGUUCCUGAUUGCUUUCUCGUAUGAACUUUCUAAAAAGGAAGGUAAAGUGGGGACACCAGAGCGUCCUCUCUCAGAUCUUGGUCUGGUGAGUUAUAGAGGCUAUUGGACUAGAGUACUUCUGGAAAUUCUGAAGAAACAUAAGAGCAACAUAUCUAUUAAGGAGCUUAGCGACAUGACAGCAAUAAAAGCGGACGACAUCUUGAGCACACUGCAGAGUCUGGACUUGAUCCAGUACCGGAAAGGGCAGCACGUGAUCUGUGCGGACCCUAAGGUCCUAGACCGCCACCUCAAGGCUGCUGGCCGGGGAGGCCUGGACGUGGACGUUAGCAAGCUAAUUUGGACGCCAUACAAAGAACAAGGCUAAAAGCUCAUCUUUCCGUGCCAUGUCAAAUUAGAUAAGCUGACCAAUUCAGUCCUGUAUAUUUCUGUAGGAUCUCUCUCCCCUCUCUCUGCCUGGUACCGUGACUGUCGUUCUGUGUAACAUCACAUUGUUGAUUGUUGUAUCACCACAUGGUUUGCCAAGCUUUGCAGUUAAUAAUUAUGUCACCGGUGUGGUC